UGCUGCUUCUGGAUAGUGUGCGCAAUGUAUCCACAGUCGGACUAAAAUACACCUGGCUUACUUUAAUCAACCUUUUUGGAGCGCAUUCUCUCUUUUUUGUGUGUGGGGAGGGGGCGAGAAUUGACUCCACGCCGUCCGGAGAAGUUUUGAGAUUCAAGAGGAAGCGUAGGUGGCGGGCGGUGAUACAAGAGGCUCUGCUGGAGGAUGAGUCUGGUGGAGGUGAGGCAGUUGGCAGGCUCACUGACCCUGUCCCUGUCCAGCAAUGACUCCAAGGAACGCUCCUGCGAGACCGACCCCGACAACCUCCGCAGCCGAGCCAUGUCUCCAGACCUGAGGCAGGACUUCAACAUGAUGGAGCAGAAGAAGAGGGUCACCCACAUCCUGCAGAGUCCAGUGUUCAAAGAUGAGCUGGAAGGCCUGAUUCAGGACCAGAUGACCAAGGGCAACAACCCAACAGGUCUCCUGGCCCUGAGGCAGAUAGCCGACCUGGUCAUGGCCAGCACGGUGGGAGGGGCCGGGCCCUUGACGUCACCCAUCAGCUUGGGAAUGGUGUCCCCCAUCAAUGACUUGUACGCCGCCGAGUCGCCAUCCUUUGCCAAAGGCGAGAAGCCGAGCCGCUGCAAGCUGGCCAGCCUCUACAGGCUCGUUGACCUUUUCGGCUGGGCUCGUUUCACCAGUUCCUACAUCACCGUGCGUGUCAACAAGGAGCAGGACCAUAUCCUGAUCAGCCCAAGAGGUCUGUCUUUUGCCGAGGUCACCGCUGCCACUUUGGUGAAAGUGAACAUGAUCGGCGACGUCGUGGACCAGGGCUCAACCGACUUGGGCAUCGACCACUUUGGAUUCGCCCCUCACGCCGCCAUCUACGCCAUGCGGCCCGACUUGAAAUGCAUCGUCCACGCCCACACGCCCGCUACGGCUGCCGUGUCGUCCAUGAAGUGCGGAAUCCUGCCAAUUUCCCAGGAGGCCUUGCUCCUCGGAGACGUGAGCUGCUUCGGUUACCAUGGCAGCCUGGAUAAUCGAGAGGAGAAGGUGGAGUUUCAGAAAGCUCUGGGACCCACUGCCAAGGUGAUGAUGCUAAGGAACCACGGGUUGCUUGCUUUGGGAGAAACCGUAGAGGAAGCCUUCCACUACAUGUACCGCUCACAGCAAGCGUGUGAAAUCCAAGUGCAGGCGCUGGCGUGCUCGGGCGGCGUGGACAACCUGCUGCUGCUGGACAAAGAGAAGUUCAAACCUCUUACGCAGGGAGUGGCCGCUGCCGGGGUGCCCGUGAGCAACGAUUUCAAGUGGAAAGUGGGAGAGGCCGAAUUCGAGUCCCUGAUGAGGAUGCUGGACAACCUCGGAUACAGAACAGGCCACUCGUACAGAAACCCCAUCGUCCGAGAAAAGCCCCGAUCCAAGAACGACGUUGAAAUCCCCGCCACAGUGUCCGCGAUCGCAUCAGAUGACGACGGCGAGGCGGCGGCACUGCGUAGCCCCUUCACGUUUAUGGCGCAGAGGCAGCAGCGGGAGCGGACGCGCUGGCUGACAUCGCCCAACAGCUACUUGAGAGUGAACGUGCCCGAACGCUCGCCCAGCGGAGACGUCAGCCCCAGAACCAAAACGAUGUGGAUGAAGUCAUCCGAACCGGGCAAAAGCAUCGGCACCCCCAUUAAGAUUGAAGAUCCCAACCAAUUUGUGCCUCUCAACACGGAUCCCACAGAAGUGCUGCACAAGAGGAAUCGGAUAAAAGAGCAGCACAGAGGCGACCAGAUGACAUCCGGUCCCAAGUCCCAUUUACUGGCGGGCAUCGUUGUGGACACCAUCCCAGGACCGGCUUUCAUCAUGGAGGAUGAGGAACACACUCGCUCGCUUCCGCCCAAUCCUUUCAACCAUUUGACGGAGGAGGUGCUUGAGGAGUAUAAGAGCCUGGUGGAGCGGAAGCGACUCGGCCAAGACGAAGACGAAGACGCAACCGAUGCGGACGAGAUGACCACGUUCGAUGGGUCCACAAUCUCACUCUCGCUCUCUCCCAUCAUGACACCAACCAAGCUAGACUCGAUACCCAACGGGAAAGAUCACUUGUCCGAUCCGGAUGAGGACUUGAGCCUGGAGGUUUCCAAGUUGAGCGCGAGCGCUUCGGAAUCUCUGGACAUCUCCACGGGCGCUCAAAACGAGACCCCGGAGUGCCAGAGCAAGACAAAGAAGAAGAAGAACAAGUUCCGCACGCCUUCCUUCCUGAAGAAGAGCAAGAAGAAGGAGAAAUGUCAGGCGUCUACGCAUUAACGCCAAAAACAAUCAUUUCGGAAUGCAAAUGAGGGGACGGAGAUAAGCCAAGAUUUGAAUGCUUGUGCGUUUGUAUGAAUUGGCGUCGAAGAGACAAACUUGUGAAGUUCUGAGGAUUUUUUUCCCUUUUUGCACAAAUCCCUCGUAUGAAUGUAUGGAAACGGGCGCAGCCGCGGCGUAAUAAUUGCCACUAAUAUACAGUCUGCGGCCUUCAAAACAAGUACGAUUUAUAUCUUAAAAGACGGAAGCGAUUAAUAAGCUCGUGUUGCUCUGUCACGGGGUUCGGGAACCUUCGCUUGACGGGACAAUCGUGCCUCUCCCCCCCAAAAAAGAUUGCGAAGGAAUUAUGGUCAAAAAAUGUUAUCAAUUGAGAGCUCAUUUUUAAAUCAUAUGGUUUUACUCAGAAAAUGAAGAUAUUUGGUCUCGGAAUAUUUCGGCUUCGUACUAAAUUUCAUGAAUCUUUUCCAAUUAUAUGCCAAUUUGAUUCUGGUGAAGUUACAAAAAAAAAUUAAUCGACUUAGUUCUCAAACAGUUAUGUCUUUUAAAGUUGAUAUUUUAUUGUCAGCAAUUGAAAACAAUUUCACACUUAUUCUCAUCCAAUAAAAAAAACAGAAAAAGAAAUGCACGUUAUUUCAACAGAAUUGUCUGAAAAGUAACUUUUUUUAAACUUUAGUUUCAAGAUUAGUCUAUUUUUCUUGUGAAAUUAAAAUGUUUUCCCAUUUUAAUAUGACGACUUCAGUCUGUGUUUUAUUCUUAACUUCUCAAAAAUAUUUGUAGUCUAACCAAAUUAACAUUCAACUUUUAAAACUUUCUAAUAAGAAUAAUAUUUCUUGAUUCUUCACCAUUUCUUUUUUGGCAGAAUAACUUUUUAUGACAUGGAGGGCUGAAACAUGCAGUAAUAUCAUAUAUAUAAAUAUAUGUAAAACCAAAGAAAAAUCGUAAUUUCCCGAUGCUUAAGUAACAAUAUUUAUAACAAACAUUUGCUCAAGUGUGUCAUAAAUGCAGUUUUUCGGGAAAAGGUUCCCCAGCCCCCGCUUUCUAUCCUCGCUAUAUUACAUAAUUGUGUGCUGUCGUUCAAUUGAAUAUUUACCUACUUAAAAAAAAAAAACUGAGGAGCUCUAUGAAGUAAUACUUGUCAUACAAUAUGCUGCUUUAUUGUUCUGACUAUGUGUAACAAAGCAACGAGGCUUUUGUUGUUGUUGUUUGCAGUACAAUGUGAAGAAUGUGUCAACCCAAAGGGAGCGAGUUGCUUUUGUAAAUACGUUUUUGUUACACUCAAACUAUGAAACGUUUUCAAAUGUGACAGUACAAUCCUAAUACAGUACGUCGUUUUUAACAACUCUUUUUAUUCUUCUUUGUUUUUGUUUUUUUUUUAAGAUGAUUCACAUGUUCUGAGCAGGCACUGUUAUUUGUUUGUGUGCGUAUAUUUGGACACGGUCAUACCACUUUUUGAAAUGUAUUUGGUGUUGGUAAAAAAGUGCAAACACAUGCGGUAUGAAAUAAAGCUUUUGAGAAAGA